AAUUACCGAAAUACCCCAAAAGAUUACGGAAUACCCAAAACUCAAGACUUCCGACGACUCUAAUGAAGUGUCCGAAAAAUUUCUGAAUCCCUAAAUUUUCUCCUCCUGCCACGGGCACAACGACGACGAUGCUUUCCUCCAAACCACCGCGUCGGAAAAUUGUUCCGGCGAACGGAGAUGAGUCCGCUGACAAACUGGACCAGCUUCUCUUGUCCUCCGCCAUCUGCAACAAUGAGGACAUAGGCCCGUUCAUCCGCAAGGCCUUCGCCUCCGGAAAGCCAGAGACGCUCCACCACCACCUCCGUCACUUUGCGCGCUUGAAGGAGUCCGAGAUUGAGGAAGUGUGCAAGGCUCACUACCAGGACUUUAUCCUCGCCGUUGACGAUCUACGAUCCCUCCUAUCAGACGUCGAUUCGCUGAAGUCCUCCCUCUUCGAUUCCAACUCGCGGCUCCAGUCCGUUGCGCGCCCGCUCCUGUCGUCUCUCGACUCCUUCGUCGAGACGCGGAACGUCUCGAAGAACGUGAACCUCGCCAUCGACUCCAUCCGCACUUGCGUUAAGCUGAUGGAGGUUUGCACGCGCGCCAACCGCCACCUCGCGGACGACAACUUCUACAUGGCACUGAAGUGCGUGGACGCGAUCGAGCGGGAGUAUUUGGAUAAAACGGAGUCAUCCACGCUGAAGCGGAUGCUGGAGAAGAAGAUUCCAGAGAUUCGAUCGUACAUCGAAAGGAAGGUGAACAAGGAGUUUGGGGACUGGUUGGUGGAGAUCCGAGUCGUGAGUCGCAAUUUAGGUCAAUUGGCGAUAGGUCAAGCCUCGUCAGCGAGGCAGAGAGAAGAGGAUCUAAGAAUUAAGCAGCGCCAAGCGGAGGAACAGAGUAGACUCAGCGUGAGGGACUGUAUAUACGCUUUAGAGGAAGAGGAAGAAGACGAAAUUAUCGCUGGCGGGAUCGGCGAAGACGGCGGUGGAGUCGCCGGGUUUGAUUUGACUUCGUUGUACAGGGCAUACCAUAUUCAUCAGACUUUAGGGUUAGAGGAUCGGUUUAAGCGGUAUUAUUUCGAGAACCGGAAGCUUCAGUUGACUUCGGACUUUCAGGUCUCGUCGAUGACUCCUUUUCUGGAGUCGCAUCAAACGUUCUUUGCGCAGAUUGCAGGGUUCUUUGUGGUGGAGGAUCGCGUGUUCAGAACCGGAGGUGGGUUGAUUUCAAAAUUGGAGGUUGAGAAUCUGUGGGAGAUUGCUGUUAGUAAGAUGUGUUCAGUGUUGGAGGAUCAGUUCUCCAGAAUGCAAACUGCUAAUCAUCUUUUGCUUAUUAAGGAUUAUGUGAGUCUGUUAGGGGUAACCCUGCGACGAUACGGGUACCCCAUUGAUGCGUUGCUUGAUGUUUUGAGCAAACACAGGGAUAAGUACCACGAACUUCUUUUGUCUGAUUGUAGGAAGCAGAUUGCGGAGGCGGUUGCGGCUGAUAAAUUUGAGCAAAUGCUGAUGAAAAAAGAGUAUGAGUAUUCCAUGAAUGUGCUUUCUUUCCAGAUACAGACUACUGAUAUCAUACCAGCUUUUCCCUAUGUUGCCCCCUUUUCGACCACUGUGCCAGAUUGUUGUCGGAUUGUACGGUCAUUCAUUGAGGAUUCUGUGAGUUUCAUGUCUUAUGGCGGGCAGCUUGAGUUCUAUGAAGUUGUUAAGAAAUAUUUAGACAGGCUUUUGAUUGAGGUUUUGGAUGAAGCUUUAGUGAAGCUUAUCAAUACCUCGAUUAGUGGUGUCUCCCAGGCAAUGCAAAUGGCAGCGAAUAUGGCUGUCUUGGAGCGUGCUUGUGAUUUUUUCUUUCGCCAUGCUGCACAGCUUUCGGGUGUUCCCUUGAGAAUGGUGGAGAGAAGCAGAAGGCAGUUUCCCCUAAGAAAAGCUCGUGAUGCUGCAGAAGAGAUGCUCUCUGGGCUACUCAAAGCCAAGGUUGAUGGAUUUAUGACCUUGAUCGAGAAUGUAAAUUGGAUGUGUGAUGAGGCACCUCAGAGUGGAAAUGAAUAUGUAAAUGAGGUUAUAAUUUAUUUAGAAAUUUUGGUUUCAACUGCUCAACAGAUAUUGCCAUCUCAAGUCCUUAAGAGAGUAUUGCAAGAAGUUUUUGCUCACAUAUCCGACAAGAUAGUUGGGACUUUAGUCAGUGAUUCUGUUAAAAGGUUUAAUGUCAAUGCUAUUAAUGGAAUUGAAGUAGAUAUUCGGCUCUUAGAAUCAUUUGCUGAUAAUCAGGCCUCUCUUUUCUCUGAUGGGGAUGUUGAUGUUUUGAAAGCAUCACUUACCAGUUCAAAGCAACUGAUUAAUUUGCUAUUGAGUAAUCAUCCAGAGAACUUCUUGAAUCCAGUGAUAAGGGAGAGGAGUUACAACACUUUGGACCACAAGAAAGUGGUGAUUGUUUCAGAAAAGUUGAGGGAUCCUUCAGAUCGGCUCUUUGGAACCUUUGGUAGUCGUGGGGCCAGGCAGAAUCCGAAAAGGAAAUCGUUGGAUACGUUGAUAAAAAGACUUAAGGAUGUUAGCUGAUUAAGUCUAUAGCUGUAUGUAAGGUACUUUUUCUUGUUGUUGUCUCUAGUCCAUCUUGACUAAGAAUUAUUUAAUAGUGAGUUGUUGAUAAA